CGGUAGGCGUUGCGAGAAAGGCCCGGAUGAAUAUCGCGCAAUGACAUGGCGGCUCUGGCCAACGGGGAAUGUUGAAUAACUGGAAGCCUGUGAGUGGACUGUACUUGUUCUCUGUGGAUGCUGGUGCUCAUUUUCAUCUGUUCUUUUGACUACCGCUCUCUCGCAACAGAAUGGAGAAAGAACCGAUUACGCUACAUUCGGAUGUUUCAGCUGAUCUUCCAAAAUCACGAUCAAAAAAAGCUCCAGAACUUCCCAUUUUGGAAAGAAGAAACUGGCUGAUACAUUUGCAUUAUAUUAGGAAGGACUAUGAGACCUGCAAGGCAAUCAUCAAAGAACAGCUGCAGGAGACCCAGGGGAUGUGUGAAUAUGCUGUCUAUGUACAAGCACUUAUCUUCCGCUUAGAAGGAAAGAUUCAGGAAUCCUUUGAACUCUUUCAGACCUGUGCAAUUCUGAACCCACAGAACGUGGACAACUUAAAACAAGUGGCCAGAUCACUGUAUUUGCUUGGAAAACACAAGGCAGCGAUUGAAGUUUACAGUGACGCUGCUAAAUUAAAUGAAAGGGAUUGGGAAAUCAGCCACAAUCUGGGAGUCUGUUUCAUGCACCUGAAGAAUUUUGAGAAGAUCGACUUGUUAGCUCGACACUCAACCCAGGCAUGGAUGGAGAGCAUGCAAGGGAGCCGACCGGAUUCAAACUCGGGACCUCUCGCUCCGAAGUCCAGCGCUGAUGCCACUACGCCACCAGCCUGCUCCUUACCUACGAAGGCUCAAUUUUAUUUGAACUGUGCUCUGCAAAGCAGCAAGCAUGAUCUGACCUUCGUGGUGCUCGGGAAACUUUGCCUACUGGAGGGAAAUACUGAAGGCGCUGUGGAAAUUUAUAAGAAAGCUGUAGAGUUUUCUCCUGAAAAUGCCGAUCUUCUGACAACUCUGGGGUUACUGUACCUGCAGCUUGGCCUGUACCAGAAAGCUUUUGAGCAUCUAGGAAAUGCUCUCACCUACAACCCCAACAAUUAUAAGGCCAUCCUGGCUGCAGGUAGCAUGAUGCAGUCUCACAAUGACUAUGAUGUGGCGCUCAGCAAGUACAGGAUAGCAGCACAUGCCAUUCCUGAAAGCCCGCCCCUAUGGAAUAACAUUGGAAUGUGCUUCUUUGGGAAGAAGAAAUAUGUAGCCGCUAUUAGCUGUCUGAAACGAGCUAAUUAUCUGGCUGCGUUUGACUGGAAGAUUCUCUAUAACCUGGGCUUGGUACACCUGACAAUGCAACAGUACGCAUCGGCAUUCCACUUCCUGAGUGCUGCCAUCAACAUACACUCGAAGAUGGGCGAGUUGUAUAUGCUUCUGGCAGUGGCAUUGACAAACCUGGAAGAUCCUGACAAUGCAAAGAGAUCUUACGAUCAAGCAGUGAGUUUAGACCAGUCCAACCCUUUGAUAAAUUUAAACUAUUGCAUAUUACUGUAUAAUCAAGGGGACCGGAAGGGGGCCCUGCUCCAGUACCAGGAAAUGGAGAAGAAGGUGAACAGGCUUAAGGAGAGUAGCAGUUCAUUGGAGUUUGAUCCAGAGCUGAUAGACAUGGCUCAGAAGAUUGGAGCAGCACUUCAGGUGGGGGAGAAUCUUAUCUGGACUAAACCAAGUAAGGACACCAAGUCAAAACACCGUGUGGCACCAUCUGGCAGCAAAGUCACCUCUAACCAACAACCCCUGGGCUCUAACCAAGCCCUGGGGCAGGCUAUGUCAUCAGCUGCAGGCUAUAGCAAAACCAUUCAGCUCUCUGCUGAUGGCUGCCUGACCCGUAUACAGAAACCUCCCUCGUUACCCCUGGAACCAGAAUCAGGUGCUGAAGAUUUGAGGAGAAAGCAAAGCCCAAGAUAGCUUGUGUUAGCUACCUGAUCCUUAGAAUAGGCAAUUAAACACAGCACCAUAAUGUAAUAGCGUCCUGUGCUAUUAGUUACAUUAUCGCAGUGUCGCUAUUAGCUACAGAUUCAAACAUUAGUUUGGUUUUCUACCUUCCAUGUGUAAAGUUUCAGCCCCACACCAGCUGUCCCAGCUGGGAUUGUACUCCCCUCCUCCAGAUCGACGCACCAGUCUGGAGAGUUGGUGGGAGACCCACUCUGCACAGAUCCAGGAGGCUGUUCUGGAACCUAAAGAUACCCAGGCUGCUCAAAACUUUGCUUUGGUCUGUUAUAGGAACCGAGGGUUUGCUCCUUGCACCUAACCCUGGCAUCCUGUCCACAUCACUUGUUCUUAAAAACAGUCAACAGCGUUCAGCAAUUGGGCAGUCUGCUGACUCCAGUGAAGCUGUUCUAGCAUGAACAAACCUUUCUGAAUGGUUCUUAGAAAGGAUGGUGAGGUCGUUCAGUGUUUAGCCCUGGCAUGGCUACUUGGGAAGGACAUCAGAACUUGGGCAAGCCCUGGUAGAGAUCAGAAAAACUGCAGGCUCAGGGGUGGCUGUGCAGUGUGUAGCCAAAUGCUUUUGUUAAGUUUUUAAACAUUGAAGUAGACCAUUCGCUUGUUCUGCUUCUCAUAAAUCUCAACAAACAGAACAUUGGCACAGCUAUUCCAUUAUAAGACCUUAAGACAUAGGAGCAGAAUUAGGCCAUUCUGCCCAUCAAGUCUGCUCUACCAUUACAGAAUUAUUGGCUGAUUUAUUAUCCUGCUCAACACCAUUCUCCUACCUUAUCCCAAUACCCUUUGAUGCUCUGAUUUAGCCAAAAACUUAUCAAACUCUGCCUUAAAUGUACUCCAUGACUUGGCCUAUACAGCCAUCUGUGGCAAAGAAUUCCACAGAUUCACCACCCUCUUCCAGAAGAAAUUCCUCAUCUCUGUUCAAAAUGGAUGUGUCCUUCAAUUCUCUAGGACCCUCUGAUCCUAGAGUCCCUACUAUAGAAAACAAGCUCUUUACAUCCAUUCUAUCCAGACCUUUUCAAUAUUUGCUAUGUUUCCAUGAGAUUCUCCCUUCAUUCUUCUAAAUUGCAUUGUGUACAGGCGCAGAGCUCCUCAUAUGUCAAUCCUUUACUGGGAUCGUUCUCAUGAACCUUCGCUGGACUCUGGCCAAUGCCAGCACAUUCUUUCUCAGACUGCUUACUAUACUCCAAGUGCAGUCUGACCAGUGCCCGAUAAAUCCUCAGCAUCACAUCCUUGCUUUUGUAUUCUGGUCCUCAUAAAAUGAAUCCUAACAUUGCAUUUGCCUUCAGCACCAUCACCAACUCAACCUACAAGUUAAUCUUCAGGGAAUCCUGCACGGGGACUCACAAGACUUUCUGAACUCUGAUUUUUGAACUUUCUCCCCUUUACAAAAUAAUCCACGACUAUUAUUUUGCCAAAGUGCAUGACCGUGUACCUCUAUAUUAAUAUACUGCAUCUGCCACUUCUUUGCCCAUUCCCCCAACCUUUCUAAGUGCUGAGCAGACACCAUUUCCUCAACACUACCUGCUCUUCAACUUGACUUUGUAUCAUCUGCAAACGUGGCCACAAAGCCAUCAAUUCUUUUGUCCAAAUCAUUGAAAUACAACAUGAAAAGAAACAGUCCCAACACCAACUCCUGCUGCACAUCACUGGUCACCAACAGCCAACCAGAAAAGGCCCCCUUUAUUACCAAGGUUUGCCUCCUGCUAGUCAGCCAAUCGUCUAUCCAUUCUAGUACCUUACCUGUAAUACCAUGGGCUCUUAUUUUGUUAAGAGGUGUCAUAUGCAGCACCUGGUCAAAGGCUUUCUUAAAAUCCAAGUACACAACGUCCGGUGACUCUCCUUUGUCUAUCCUGCUUGUUAUUUCCUGAAAGAAUUCCAACAGAUUCGUCAGGCAAGAUGUCCUCUUUAGAAAGCCAUGCUGACUUUGGCCUAUUUUAUCAUGUGCCUCCAAGUACACUGAAAGCAAAUUGAACCCAACAUCUUCCCAGCCGCUGAGGUCAGACUAACUGGCCUAUAAUUCCCUUUUUUCUGCCUACCCUCCUUUACUUGAAGAGUGGAGUGACAUUUCCAAUUUUCCAGUCCUCAGAAACCAUUCCAGCAUCUAGUGAUUGUUGAUUACUAAUGCCUUCACAAUCUCUUCAACUAUGCCUUUCACAAUCCUGGGGUAUAGUCCAUCUAGUCCAGGUGACUUACCUACCUUCAGACAUUUCAGCUUCCCAAGCACCUUCUCCUUGGUAAUCACAAUGACACUUACUUCUACCCAAUACCCUUGCAUUUCUGGCAUUCUGCUAGUAUCUUCCACAGUAAAGACAGACGCAAAAUACUUAUUUCAUUCAUCACCAUUUCUUUGACCCCAUUACAACCUCUCCAGCGUCACUUUCCUGCAGUCUUAAUAUCCACUCAUCUUUUCUUUUUACUCCUUAUAUAUUUGAAAAAACUUUCUGCAUGCCUUCUGAUGGUUUUUAAAAGCUUCCCAAUCCUCUACCUUCCCACUUAUUUUUGCCCUAUUAUAGAUGCUCUCUUUGACUACCCUUGGCAGCCACGGUUACCUCCUCUUCCCUUCAGAAUAUUUCUUCAUCUUUAGGAUGUAUCUUUCUUGUGCCUUCUGAAUU